UAAAUAAGAGUCCCCGGUGCUGCAAAGCCACGGCUCAGCUCCGGGAAGAACGCACCCACCGCCAGGCAGCAUGAGGCUCCAGGCUGCCGCUGUGCUGCUCAGCGUGCUCAUCGGCAGCCUCCCUCCAGGCCAAGCUAUCCUGGAGGCCUACAACACAAACCUGAAGUGUAGCUGUAGCAAAGUGACAAGUACCAUCCGCGUUCAAUACAUUCUUCGCCUUCAAGUUCUACCCCCUGGGAACGGUUGCCCAAACACAGAAAUCAUAGUCCAUUUGAGGAAUAAGUUGACCAUAUGCUUGAAUCCUGAAGCCCAGCGCGUGCAGAAGCUCAUAGCAUACUUACAGAGGAAAAAUUUACGUUCGACCGCACCAGCUCCAGUGAUGAAAAGGGGCCCCUGACGCCCCCUACAAGCACCUGCCUUUGCCCUGUAUCCCUGCUCUGGAUUUCAGUUGCCUUCUUGGUUGAAUUUUUCCCAAGAAAAAUAACUCCCUUAUAUAAAUGAGUGUGAGGCUCUCUGUAAAAAUAACCUUGCCUAAUCUGAUGGAGCAAAGUCAAGCUCCUUCCCAUGCAGACACCUGGAAUUUCCAUUGUUAUUCUUGAGGGAGGAAAGGUUCUUUGAGGAGAGUUUAAGCUGUAAAUCACAUAAGAUUUGUUGAUAAUAUACUUGUUGUUUAAUGCUAAACUCUCCUAAAAGGUAGGAGAGUGGGAAUUUAAAUCUCAAACAUGAACAUGUAGCUUGAAUUAAGAAGAACAUUUUCAAUCAUUUUCUACUCUAAGAAAAGCAAAUUUCCUUGGAGACUUGAAAAACUACGUGGGAAACAAAUGGAGCUUCAGUGUGACAAGGCCCAAGAGGUUCACAUAGCAGAUAUAAAAACCACUCUUAAGGGGCAUGGGGUGGUACUCCUACUUUUAAAGAGUUCCUUUAUAAGAUGCAUUGUCUCAGAUUAAAACAAAUAACAUUGAAAGAUCCUCAGACUUAAGAUUCUAGUGAAGGGUAAUGUUCAGCUGUAUUCGUUUACACAUUUGUCUUGAUGGACUUUUCUACUCACAUCAUUUGCACAAACAAAAUACCAAUCCCUGGAACCAAAUUCUUUAAUGUUUCCUAUUCAUCUAAUGCUAGUCAAUAAACGUGAGCAAACAUUUUACUUCAUCAUGAGCAAUUCAUUCCUAACAAAACAUUUAUUCAAGAUAUUCUGUGGCUCUUCAUAAUGCAAAGUAAGAUUUGAACUUGCUGAUUUUUCUGUGUGUAUCACAGAUCUAAAAUUGCACCAGAGGGGCUGGGGAUUUAGCUCAGCGGCAAAAGCGCCUGCCUGGCAUGCGCAAGGUCGUGAGUUCAGUUCCCGGUACCAGAGAAAAACCAAAAAAAAACCAAAAAUAAAUAAAUAAAAUAAAAUAAAAUUGCACCAGAGGUAGGAGUUACUCAGUGGGAAAUGCUUGGCUAUGGGAGCCUCUUUCCCUGACAUGCUAAUCAGGAUUUCCUUUAGAACUGAAACUCUUCCUCAAACCCAUUCUCACUGUCUCUUUAUAUUGAUUCUUCAAGUCUCCAAUGUUUUAUUUGACAAAAUUUUGCACUGAAUUUGACAAGCAGCAGCAGAAGACACUUAAAAUGUUUUGGGAGGGAAUAAAAAGUAGCUAUAAAUACUA